AUGGCAAGGCCAUCCGGCUUGAAGCGCCCCUGCCCACCGUCGAGGGACGGUGCUGGAGCUGCGGCCAGGGGCCGGAACCGGCCUUCCCACCCUCCUGUGGUUGCGGUGACUGUGCCAGUGGCUGCGGAUGAGUACAACCACCGUGCCGAUGGCGAGCACCCCGAGGAGGCCAUGGAGGAGUUGGAGAUCGAGAACGACGUUGACACCACUGAAGACGGCAUCAAUUUGGGUGACGGCCAGCACCCGAUUGAUGUUGACGCCGGCAAUGGUGCUGGUGGGGUGGAGGUGGACGGCUCCGAGAACACUAAUGCUGCCUCAUCUGGAUCUGGUAAUGGUAAGCUCACUGCUGCUUGUUGGGAUGAUUUUGUCCCGAUCCUUGAUGAGAAUGAUGUUAGAACUCAUGCCAUCUGUAAGCGGUGUGGUAAGAGGUUUGCUGCUAGAGCUUCAAUUGGCACUGGUUCCUUGAAUAGGCACAUGGCAGCAUGUAGGAAGAAGCAAGAUAAUGAUCGUAGGGUUCAGUCCAGGCUUUCUAUGAGUGCUAAUGGGUUGCAUAACUGGGUUUAUGAUGCUGCUCGUGCUCGGAAUGAACUGUGUCGGUUGAUUGCUAGGCUGGAUCUUCCAUUAGGCGUUGGUGACACACAAGCCUGGGAAGAUUACAUUAAGAAUGCUCAUAAUCCUGCUUUUGAGAGGGUUUCUAGGCAGACCACUACUAGGGACAUGCAUAAGUUGUUUGCUGAAGAGCGUGCUUUGCUUAUGCAUUCUUUGCUGCCUGCUUGUUCAUCUGUUUCUUUAACAUCUGAUAUCUGGUCUGGUAAUGCUAAGGAAGAUUAUAUCUUUGUUGUUGCUCAUUAUGUUGGUCCUGAUUGGGAGUUGCAAAAAAAGGUUAUUGGGUUUAGGCUGAUUGAGUCAUCACAUACUGGGGAAAACAUUGCUGAGAAAAUUGCUAGUGUGGUUGAGGAGUUUGGUUUGAUUGAUAAGGUCUUUGCUGUGAGUCUUGAUAAUGCUUCUGCUAAUUCUAAGGCUUUUGAUAUCUUGCAACCUAUGUUGUCUGGUUACCUGGGCUCUUAUCCUGCACCUACUAAGGAUGAUCCUCACAAAGUCAAGUAUUUGCUUGUGCAUCAGCGCUGUGCAUGCCAUAUUAUUAAUCUGAUUGUUAAGUCAGGCUUAAAGAGGUUCAGUCCUUAUCUUGAUGCUUUUAGGAUAGCAAUCAACUAUUUGAAUUCCUCUAAUCAAAGGAUUGCAUUGUUUAAGAACUAUUGCAUUGCUAAGGGUGUUAGACCUAGAAAGUUUGGAUUGGAUAUGGAUGUUAGAUGGAAUUCAACCUAUUUGAUGCUUAAACAUUUGCUGCCAUAUAAAGAUGUGUUUUCUGUGUGGAUUGAGUCAAACUAUGGUGAGCAACUGCUGACUCCCCAGCACUGGUAUGCUGCUGACCAGAUUAUGAAAUUCCUGGAGAUGUUUUAUGAUGCAACUGUUUCUUUGUCUGGUGUUUACUAUCCCACUGCUCCACUUAUGAUGCAUCAUAUCCUUGACUUUGCUGAGCAUUUGCAUAAAGCUGAAAGUGAUCCUGGAUUCAGAAGUAUUGCAGCUCCUAUGAAACUUAAGUUCCUUAAGUAUUGGAGGGACAUUCCAUUACUAUAUUCUUAUGCAUUCAUUCUGGAUCCUAGAGCUAAGAUGAAAGGCUUUUUUAAUGUGCUUGAGUUACUUGCUAAACAGACUAGUACCUAUUAUGGUGUUUACUAUGGUGAUGUGAAAGAUAAGAUGACCAGAUUGUUUAGCAAGUAUGAGGAGAGAUAUGGUGCAGCUCGGUCUCAAAGGCCUCCUAUGCCUAGUGCUCCUUCAGGUAAAAGGAAGCAGGUAUGGGGAAAGAUCUAUGGUUGUCCUGGUGCUUCCUCUGGCUGUUCCCCCAGUUCAUCUUCUACAUCUGGUGUCAAUGAGCUGACAGCUUACUUGGACAGUGACACUGUCACUGAUUGGGGAGACUGUACAGCAAGGAUACUCGAAGACCGGCGGCGGCGCUUGUUGCCUGAGCAUGUGGAAAUGCUCACCUGCAUCAAGGAUUGGGAUCAAGCAGCAAGAAAAGAACAGCAUGCACCUGAGGACGUCGACCUAGAGGAGUUGUUCGAGAGCAUGCACCUGGAUGAAGGUGAAUGCAGCGGCAGCGGAAGCAGCACUGGCAGUGGCAGCGGCAGCGGCGGUACUGCUGGUGCUGGUACUUUUAGACUUUUGGUUGUGGUUGUCAAGAAGUGA